UCUCUCUCUCUCUCUCUCUCUCUCUCUCUCUCUCUCUCUCUCUGUAAACACUUUCCAUGGCUUCGUGUCUAACCGACGCUACACGGGAGCUAUUGUGCCGAGACAGCCGUGCAGCGACUCAUCUCAAGCUUAUCUCAAUCCUCGUAAUCUUCGUGACUAGCAUCAUCGGCAUCUCUUCGCCGGUUCUUCUCGCUCGUCUCUUCCAAGGAAAACCUGUCUACGAUAAGGCACUUCUAGUGAUCAAAUGCUUCGCCGCCGGUGUAAUCCUCUCCACCUCGCUCGUCCACGUCUUACCCGACGCUUUCGAUGCCCUCUCCGAUUGCAAAGUAGCAACUCAUCACCCAUGGAAGGACUUCCCCUUCGCAGGUCUCGUCACUUUGAUCGGAGCCCUAUUAGCGCUGCUCGUCGAUGUUUCGGCGACUUCUCACGUCCAUGGCAACAAACAGAGUAAUUACACGCCGAUUGGUACACAGGAAGUAGAGCUAUCGAUUGAUUCUUCUUCUUUGGGGAAGAAUUUGAAAUCGAAAUCGAAAUCGAAAUCGAGGGUGGAGCCCCAAAUUGAGAUUGGGGUAGUGGUACAGGCAAGUUGUCAUAUUGAUGGUGAGAAUUCGAAUCGACAGACGCCGGAGGAAAUUGCAAAACUGAAGCAGAGAUUGGUGUCGCAGGUUUUGGAGAUUGGGAUUAUAUUUCACUCUGUGAUUAUUGGAGUUACUAUGGGGAUGUCUCAGAAUCAAUGCACCAUUAGACCUCUUGUUGCUGCACUGGCGUUCCACCAGAUCUUCGAAGGGAUGGGCCUCGGCGGUUGCAUUGCACAGGCAGGUUUUGGUGUAGGUACAACUUCCUAUAUGUGCUUCCUAUUUUCAGUGACAACUCCAAUGGGGAUAAUCCUGGGAAUGAUAGUAUUCUCUGUAACAGGUUACAGUGAUGAUAACCCCAAAGCCUUAAUCCUAGAAGGUUUACUGGGUUCCCUUUCUUCAGGUAUUUUGAUAUACAUGGCUCUUGUUGAUCUUAUAGCAGCUGAUUUCUUCCAUAACAAGAUGAUGAGUUCUGAAACAUGGCUGACAAAGACUUGUUACAUUGCCCUAGUUCUAGGUUCUGCUUCCAUGUCUAUCCUAGCUCUUUGGGCUUAGUACUUGUGAACAAUCUUUCU